AUGGCUCCCAAACCCUCAAAACCAAUGCCCUUUACAAUCUCUUUCACUUUUUUCAUGAUUUUCCUCACACUUUUCACAAUCCACUACCUAAGACAAAUUCGCGACGACUUCCAAAUUCGAGCCACGCAAGGUAAAUUAGUAACAAACAUUCGUCCCGAGUGGUUAAACUUCGUGUUGCGAGAAUUCGGAGACGAGCGCACGAUCAACGUGGGAUUUGUGAACACGGACGAAAUUCGUACGAAAGGGGUUAAAACGGGUAAGGUGAAUUUCGACCCGGUUGAUGAGAAAUACAUCAAAUGGUCCGAAUUAUUUCCUGUGUGGAUCAAUGAGAGCUCGCAUUCCGGUUGCCCGAGAAUUCCGAUGCCGGAAUUCGGGGACUAUCGGGAGGUGGAUGUGGUGGUUGCUAGGGUUCCUAGUGAGGAAGUGGAUUUGGUGGUGGCUAAUUUGUUGGUGAGAAGUGGGAGGAAGGAUGAUGGGCCGGUUUUUGCUGUGUUUAUUGGGUCGGGUGGGCCCAUGUGGGAGAUUUUCAGAUGUGAAGACCUUUUGUGGAAUGUUGGUGACACUUGGGUUUACAAGCCUGACCUUGAGAGGAUCAAACAGAAGGUGACCAUGCCUGUGGGGAGUUGCCAAAUUAGCCAUCCGAUUACUCAAUCUGAUGAAGAACUACUGAGAAGCAAGAAUCACAAUAUUCGGCAACCAAGAGAAGCAUACGUAACCGUCCUACAUUCUUCCGAAUCGUACGUAUGCGGUGCAAUAGCCCUAGCUCAAAGCAUCAUCCGAACAAACUCGACGAAAGACCUCGUCCUAAUAGCCGACGAGCACAUCACACCGCAUUCCAUCCACGGCCUACAAUCAGCCGGGUGGAAGAUCAAACGCAUAAAACGGAUACGUAGCCCCCAUACCAAGAAGUACGCAUACAACAAGUGGAACUAUAGCAAACUCCGGAUUUGGCAACUUAAGGGUUACGACAAAGUCAUGUUCAUCGACUCCGACUUCAUCGUGACCAAAAACAUGGAUAAGUUCUUCGUCUACCCACAAAUCUCAGCUUCUGGGAAUGAUGGGCACAUUUUCAACUCGGGGCUUAUGGUGGUGGAACCAUCCGAAUGCACGUUCGAAACCCUAAUGAGGAAAAGGUUUUCGAUCGAGUCGUAUAAUGGUGGUGAUCAGGGUUUUUUGAACGAGAUGUUUCCUUGGUGGCACCGUCUACCAGCAAAAUUGAAUUGGCUCAAGUUCUUCGGGUCCGGUCAGGAGUAUGCGCACAGAAUACCUGAUGAUACGCAUGCAAUACAUUACCUAGGUUUGAAGCCCUGGUGGUGUUAUAGAGACUAUGAUUGUAAUUGGGAUAAGAUUGAGGCUCAGCAAUUUGCGAGUGAUUCCGCUAACGAGAGGUGGUGGUACGUUUAUGAUAACAUGUCGAAGGAGCUGAGGGAGUAUUGUUCGUUGACUCCGGAAAUGGAUGGGAACUUAAGGAAGUACAGAGAGAUAGCUAGGAAUGCUAGUUUGCCUGAUGGGCAUUGGAAGAUUGAGAUCAAAGACGAAAGACGAAAUUUCAUGUGA